AUGCUCCUGCUUUAUGAGGUUUACGGUAGCUAUUCAGUCUCUUUUUUCCAGCAGCUGAGAGUAGUGGAAAGCCUGGGAAUCCAAGCACAUCAGCGGCUACAGCUAUGGCUGAGCGCCGCGCCUUCGCCCAAAAAAUCAGCAGGUAAGGGAGUUACUUCUAACUUUAACAGUGAUUGCACUGACAGAGUCCCUCGUUCAAGCUACGCUGUUUUCAAUCUUUAAAAACCUAUCGUCCUCUGCGCUCCAUUUCAAGGCAAAGCCAUUCGCAAUUAAGGCCCAGCCAGCUAGCAUCCAUCCAAGCUAGCUGUCGUUAGCCAUAUCAAAGAUGCCCCAGUGUCAGUCGUAGACUCGCCCAUAGAGAACAGGGGUCUGUUUUUCGCAAUGUUAUUUUUUGUCUCGUGCGGUUGCAUUCAUACCGGUUUGAAAUUUACGUUUGACAUAUAUCGUACUAUCAAACCCAACCAUUAUAUUUAUUUACAAGGAUUUAGCUAAAUAUUCAUUGGACUGCGUGUAGAAAAUCCGUAGUAACGUUAGACAGCUGAGUUACUUUGGUGGCUACGGCUGGGUGGAUGCCACUGACACAUCGACGAGACUUCAUUGACACGGUAGCAAACAGUACAGUACCUAAAAUCGUCAUGGAGAGCGUUAGUUAGUUUACCUGUAAAAGCCCAAACAUUAUCAAAGCUAUAUCUGCCCCAGUUCAAUGUAUGCAUUCAGAUCUAAUACGUCUAUUGAAACGAACAAAGGGCUUUGUGUCAAUUUCAGUUGCUUGCUGUGCAUGCCAGUGGAAUUAAAGCUGGAUGUAAAACAAUGGAGUGGAAAAUGGGUCAUAUCUCACAUGUAAAGAAAGAGUUUGUUAUAUCAUUAAAAAAAGCCAAGGAGUAACCAAUCGCAACAUCCAACUGUUGAUUGUAAUUGUCAAACUGAAACUGCCAAAACAUUAUAAAGUAGUUAGCGAGAUUAUGUUGCCCAAAUCACACUUAAACCGUAUGUGGUAGAUCAAAUGAAUAAGAUGCCUUUAAGCCGUAUUUAGUCCACCCAUCAAACGUUUUACAGUACAGCAGUCUGUGCCAGGAGGCAAAUUAUAAGCCUAUUCAUAAUGGUAAUUGUGGCUGUGGGGUUGGUUUCAGUUUAGGAGUGACUAGUGUCUGCAGUAUUUUGACAUUUGCCAAGCCGUAAGUGUAAAAAGGAGGUUAUGAAGCAGUUGUUGUCAACAUAAAGUACAUAGGCCUACCAAGAAUGUCUGCACAAAUAAAGAAGAGAGAAACAAAUAAGUGAUGUAUGGACAUAACCCUUCUAUAGAGAAUAAUCACACACACACACGUCUUACUAUACUUGAGGACUUUUUGUGGACCAACAAUUGAUUCCCAUUCAAAAUCCUAUUUUCCCUUACCCUAACCUUAACUCUAAACCUAACCCUUAAGCCUAAAAUAGCCAUUUUACAAGUGAGGACGAGAGAAAUGUACUCACUUCUCUGAAUUUUAGUUGGGUUACUAGACUUCUGGUACUCACAAGUAUAGUAAAAUGUGUAGACACAAACACACACACACGGUUGAUCUCAGACCUCCAUGUUUGAGGAAGGAGCACCACCACCCCCAAAGGAUUAUGGUUUAUCUUUGAGGGUUUUUGGAAAGCUCUGCCUUCAGUUUAUUCACAUCAGAUCAGAUGGAUAAAGCAAUGUGAUGACAUCUCCUGGUAUUAUUUAGAAAUUACUGACAGAAUGAGACUGUAAGAAUAGCAGGUAUUUUAUCCAUCAUGUCUUCUGUUGUUGGUGUGAGUCUGGCUGUCUUUGUAUUAGUAGGACUGGGGGAGUAUGGCUCUGUUCUGCAUAUUGUCUGAUCUGAACAAAAGCAUUUCUGUUAAGUAUUUUCUUCCCAAAUGUCAUCUCAGAAAGUCUAAACCUUUUGGAAGACUUUAGAGACAGUGGGGCCUGUUCAAAAUCCCUUUCAUCUUUGGAGUUGAGACUGAGGUUCAGUUCUUUCUCCUGAAGUCAGGCCAAAACAAUGUCUGACUUGUGUUUUGCAUUUAAACCUACAAUAUGUAACGUUUUGAGCGACCCAACCAAAUUCACGUAGAAAUGUGUUGUAUAGAUAUCUAAUUCUCAUUGAAAGAAAGUCUAAAAAGCGGUUGAUCUGUUCUAUGAGCUCUUUCAAUGCUUCCCGUUAAGUUUAGUUUGCUUUACUUUCAGUUUUAUAUUACUUUCAACUUUCAGUUUUGCAUUACUUUUAAUUACAGAUCUAUAACUCAUAUUUCUAUGUGAAUUUGGUCGGGUCAUCCAAAAAGUUACAUAUUGCAGCUUUAAGUGUGUCAGGUGACCUUGUGUUCCUCCAGUGUUCCAAAUAUGCACUGCAGAGAGUGGUUAUCUUAGUGCGAUGAACAAAAAGGAGCGUGCUAGCCUUAAUCACGUUGUCUGUUCCUCCUGACCUGAGCAGUGACCAGGCAGGCUAAAUAAAGGUCCUGAAUAUAAGCUCCAGCAGCAGAACAGUGCUAUGUAUUGUAGCUGGUUCAGUGCAUCUGCCUGUUAUCCAGGUGACAGCACUGCAGUAGCCACCGGUGGAUCUAGGCCUAGCCUACAUCAUAAUGUCUUUCCUGAGUUGGAAAGUUAUAUGCUUUAUUUCCACUUGCCUGAGAUUCAGAAAUUCAUCCCUCCCUCCAUCUCUUCAAGUUCCUCUCACAUGACAUUUUUAUAAUUUAAUUGUUUGUGCCUCCCUCCCUGGGUUAGUGCUGCGUAGUUGUUUUGUUCAAGGUUCAAGGGUACGGAGGGGUUUUGAUGGUGGCUGUGAUUUAAAGGGACACAGAGUGGUGCAGUCAGUCAGCAGCAGUUGCCUAGCCAAGCGCUUUGUGUUGCUGACGGAGGUCCAGGGAAUUGUAUUUGUUCUCUCUCCUCUGUGGUGUGAUAGAGUGCCGUGUCAGAGGGGGCAGUAAGGCCACCAGCAGGGCCAGGGAGAGAGCGAGCCCUGAGCCACAGCAGGGACCAUAAUAGUCAUGUUUGGCCCACAACAGAACUGCUGGCCUUGACUGUACUGUACCUGACCUGCAGAGUGACCAGACCACUGCAGUAAAUGGCCUUCUCUAUUAACGUAUUCCGCUUACACACUGCCUUGUCUUUCGCUUGCCCUUUUCAAACUCAAGUGUAUGAGAUGGCUUUACCGUAAGCAGCCUGGAGGCAUCGUCUAUGACUGUGUUGUGUGUGUGUGUAUAUAAGCAAAACCUAGAUCAAAUAGAUACAAAAUAUAGCCUCAAGCUAUAGGCUUACAUGUUUUAUCUGAGUCUGUUAGCUGUUUUGCAUGAUGUAACACGACAGCUUGAUAUUCACUGCUAAGCUUCUCUCUCUCUCCUCCCUGCAGAACUGUUGCAGCCGAGGUAAGAAAACAGAUCGCUGGUCAGUAUGGGGGCUCCCCACAGCUCCUCAAGAACCUCAACGUGGGUGCUGCCGCCAGCAACACCGUAAGUACCUACCCACAAUGCAUCUGGGUGUUCGGGGAGAGGUGAAGAGGGAGGGAAAUAGGGUUGGAGUGUAUCUGCUAACAAUUAAGGUCCAUUCUUCACACCCUCUCAACCCCUACUAUAGUGUGGUCAGGGACUAUACUGCCUGGCCCCUCCCACCAGUAAGUGUUUGCUGAGCCAUUGACUUUUAGCGACCUUUAGCGCCCUAAUGGCGUCCUCUCCCUAGUCCGACUACCGCUGAGCUGAAGGAGCAAAUACCCAUCCUUAAUUAGGCUAAAGCUGACUGUUUAAUUAAACUGUGAACGGAUUGUGUUUGUGUUCUAAAUUCCCCCCAAAAGCUUUAACUGAACUUAGUGAGGAAUUAGACUCCCCCUGGGUGCUUUGUUUUUAGAAAUAGACAGAAGCAAGCCUAUAAAGCCAUUAGACUAUGCCUGAGGUGGUUUGCUAGCCAAUACUUGCUUUUCCAGUUACUUCAGAGUUGUGAGCAUUUCCUCAGUGAUCCAAAGUGUCUGUCUGCCAAUAUAAAAGAUAAGGUUCCCUGAGAAUUUGAUUUGUUUUAAAAAGGUUCUCGGGCUAGAACAUGUCUCGUAACAUGCAUCAAGCCACAGGAUUUGCUGACAGCUAAGUGUUGAUAUUUCUUUGCUAGUAAUCCAGCUGGACUUCUUGGGGACAAUUCUUUUUGGCAGCUAACCCAGUUUUUAAUAGGUAGGCCUAUUAAGAAAUUAUCUGAUUUGGCACUCACUCACACAGCCUUUCCUCUCUGUUUCCAGGUUCCUCUCACAGAGGCAGUGGAGCCGGUAGACUUUGAGGAGUACCUCAUCACCCAUCCCCCCAUCAUCGAGUCGGGCCCCCUGAGGGACCUCAUCGAUUUCCCCCCGGAUGACAUCGAGGUGGUCUACACCCCCAGAGAGUGUCGUACCGUGGGACAGGUGGUGCCUGAGGAAGGGUAGGUGCUGCUGGGGACGGCUCGACUGGCUGGGUUAGAGUUGGUACUGAGGAACAUCAAUCAAAUCAAUCAAUAAAAUGUAUUUAUAAAGCCCUUUUUACAUACAGUUGUCACAAAUUUAUUUUCAGUAGAAAGCGAAAGGGAAACAAAAAGUACAGUGUACUGCAAAUGCUCAUAACCCCUUAAAUCAAAACCCUAACCAAACUGUGGAAAAACCCACUGUACCCCUCCACAUCUGUCAACCUGCUGGAGCUUGAUGGGGAUAUACCAUCAUCACGAAGGCUGGGGAAAGCCCCAUACAGAACCAGUAGAGACUGUAUUAUUUUUUAUUUUUUUAUCAGUAGAGACGUUGUCAGAGACCUCUAGGCUGUAGAAGUAGGCCUACAGUGCCUUGCAAAAGUAUUCAUCCCCCUUGGCGUUUUUCCUAUUUUGUUGCAUUACAACCUGUAAUUUAAAUUGAUUUUUUUAUUUGGAUUUCAUGUGAUGGACAUACACAAAAUAGUCCAAAUUGGUGAAGUGAAAUGAAAAAAAGAACUAGUUUCAAAGAAUUCUAAAAAAUAAAUAACGGUAAAGUGGUGCAUAUGCAUAUGCAUAUAUAUAUAUAUAUAUAUAUAUAUAUAUAUAUAUAUAUAUAUAUAUAUAUAUAUAUUUAUAUAUAUAUAUAUAUUUAUAUUUCACCCCCUUUGCUAUGAAGCCCCUAAAUAAGAUCUGGUGCAACCAAUUACCUUCAGAAGUCACAUAAUUAGUUAAAUAAAGUCCACCUGUGUGCAAUCUAAGUGUCACAUGAUCUCAGUAUAUAUAAACCUGUUCUGAAAGACCCAGAGUCUGCAACACCACUAAGCAAGGGGCACCACCAAGCAAGCGGCACCAUGAAGACCAAGGAGCUCUCCAAACAGGUCAGGGACAAAGUUGUGGAGAAGUACAGAUCAGGGUUGGAUUAUAAGAAAAUAUCCUAAACUUUGAACAUCCCAUGGAGCACCCUUUUUAAAUUCAUUAUAAAAAAAUGGAAAGAAUAUGGCACUACAACAAACCUACCAAGAGAGGCCGCCCACCAAAACUCAUGGACCAGGCAAGGAGGGCAUUAAUCAGAGAGGCAACAAAGAGACCAAAGAUAACCUGAAGGAGCUGCAAAGCUCCACAGUGGAGAUUGGAGGAUCUGUCCAUAGGACCACUUUAAGCCAUACACUCCACAGAGCUGGGCUUUACGGAAGAGUGGCCAGAAAAAAGCCAUUGCUUAAAGAAGAAAAUAAGCAAACACGUUUGGUGUUCGCCAAAAGGCAUUUGGGAGACUCCCCAAACAUAUGGAAGAAGGUACUCUGGUCAGAUGAGACAAAUUUAGCUUUUUGGCCAUCAAAGAAAACGUUAUGUCUGGCGCAAACCCAACACCUCUCAUCACUCGAGAACACCAUCCCCACAGUGAAGCAUGGUGGUGGCAGCAUCAUGCUGUGGGGAUGUUUUUCAUCGGCAGGGACUGGGAAACUGGUCAGAAUUGGAGGAAUGAUGGAUGGCGCUAAAUAUAGGGAAAUUCUUGAGGGGGAACCUGUUUCAGUCUUCCAGAGAUUUGAGACUGGGACGGAGGUUCACCUUCCAGCAGGACAAUGACCCUAAGCAUACUGCUGAAGCAACACUUGAGUGGUUUAAGGGGAAACAUUUAAAUGUCUUGGAAUGGCCUAGUCAAAGCCCAGACCUCAAUCCAAUUGAGAAUCUGUGGUAUGACUUAAAGAUAGCUGUACACCAGCGGAACCCCUCCAACUUGAAGGAGCUGGAGCAGUUUUGCCUUGAAGAAUGGGCAAAAAUCCCAGUGGCUAGAUGUGCCAAUCUUUAUAGAGACAUACCCCAAGAGACUUUCAGCUGUAAUUGCUGCAAAGGGUGGCUCUACAAAGUAUUGACUUUACGGGGGUGAAUAGUUAUGCACGCUCAAGUUCUGUUUUUUUGUCUUAUUUCUUGUUUGUUUCACAAUAAAAAAUAUGUUGCAUCUUCAAAGUGGUAGGCAUGUUGUGUAAAUCAAAUGAUACAAACCCCCAAAAAAUCCAUUUCAAUUCCAGGUUGUAAGGCAAGAAAAUUAGGAAAAAUGUCCUAGGGGGGUGAAUACUUUCGCAAGCCACUGUACAUCAGGUCUAACUCUAGUACAGCAAGCUGGAUGUUUCUCCUCAUAUCCCUCUAACCUGAUUACACAAAUUGAUUUACCAAAUGAAUAAAGCAAAUAACUGAUCUGUUUUUGGCGUGUGUCACAUAGAUGCGGUAAAGAGGUCUAUCGAACUCGACCAAAACAAUGGAAUUGCCAUGGAAACGCGUGGGGGAAAUAUCCCUAGUCGCCUCAUUGCCCCCCAGCAAAAUGGGCCUACAUGUAGGCUAUUGUUUAUGUGUAUUUCACACUAUGUUGAGGUACAAAUCGGAGUAUAAUGCUUGUAUGGAUGUCAACACCAACACAUUUAUGUCAUCGUUACCAAUCAACUGCAUUACAGUUAGAAAUGACUACCACCUGGGGCCUCCAGAGUGGGCGUCACUACAGACCCAGGUUCGAUCCCGGGCGUGAUCGGGAGUCCCAUAUGGCGGCGCACAAUUGGCCCAGCGUCGUCCAGGUUAGGGGAGGGUUUGGCUGGGGGGUCUUUACUUGGCUCAUCGUGCUCUAGCGUCUCCUUGUGGCGAGCCGGGCGCCUGCAGGCUGACCUCGGUCGUCAGUUGAACUGUGUUUCCUCUGACACAUUGGUGCGGCUGGCUUCUGGGUUAAGCGAGCAGGUGUUAAGAAGCGCGGUUUGGCGGGUCAUGUUUCGGAGGACGCAUUACUCAACCUUCGCCUCCCGAGCCCGUUGGGGAGUUGCAGCGAUGAGAAAAGAUCGAUAUUGGGGAGAAAAAGGGGUAAAAUUUAAAAAAGACUACCACCACGAAUUUCAGUGUGCUAGCAAUGCUAACCAGCUUAUACGAACGGGACUUAGCAUUUAGCAGUCACUUCUUCUAAACCUGAAAAAGGACCACUUCUACAUGUUAUGAAGCAAAAACAGCCAAAUAUAUCAAAAUCGGACUGCGCCAAUCUGGUCAGUGGAACGUCUGUUCCAUUGACUCCUUUACCACAUCUAUAGAAUUGCCUCUCACUUGAUAGGCUAGUAGAGAUAAGAUGUCUGUGGCUCAUGCUGCUACCAUAUAAAUAGAAAGAAUAGAACGGGCGUCGGGAAAAGUAAAUGAUGGUAUAAUGGGUAGACUGGCGGCCAUUGCAAGUGUACUCAUAGAGGCAAAGCAGGAAGUAAAAGCAGGAGUGUACCCAUCAAUCUGCAAUAUGAUUUGUUGAAUAAACUCUGACAUUAAAAAAAUACAUUCCAUUGCAUGAGCAACAUCAUUUUAGCAUAAUUUUCAAUGAACAUUCUACAUUACCAUGGAAAUUAUUGCAUCACAAUACCAGGCAGCCCAUGAGUACCCAUGAGUUUACCAGUCAAAUUGUCAGGGUUAGAGGUUGCAAGCAAGUUUUAUUCAUUCUAUUACUACAGCUGUUACUGCUACCAUCCUCCAUACAGACAGGACAUUUGCUUCAGUCUAGUGAUUUAUUAGCACUAUUGAUUUGAUACUGUCUGCUGAUGGUGUCUGAGAGCUGCAGCCUGGGAUCUGGUUAGAUAGAAAUGGAUUGUCUAAACAGACAUGAACUGACAGAAUUGAAUAUUUGUCAAGUAAAAUAGGUCAUCGUGUUUGCUUUAUUGAUUGCAUUUCUAUCUGAACGUUUAACCUCAAUGAAUACACCCAUGGUGUUGAAACUGUGACUGUGAAAUGCUGUGUCUCUUUGUGUUCCAGGGACAAUGACGCCCACGUCAGAGACUGUGUCAGGUCCUACACUGAGGACUGGGCCAUCGUCAACAGAAAGUAAGGCUCCUCUCUCUGUUAUUUAAGGAGCUUUUCCUUUUAUAAGACCAAUUCAUUCAACCUUAACACCCCCAAUUUAACACUUUAUAUAUAUAUAUAUUUUUUAACACAUAGCAGCUAGCAACUAGUUAUUUACCUUAACACUCACAUUAUGUUCUGCUUAUUUCAACAGAUACCAUAAGCUUGGUACAGGGUUUAACCCUAACACCCUGGACAGGCAGAAGGAGAGGCAGAAAGGCCUGCCCAAACAGGUGUUUGAGGCCGAUGAGAUGCCAGACGUUAGCACUUACCAGGACGACCAGGUAACCCAUAGCAACUGGGCAGUCAACCAGGUAACCCAUAGCAACGGGGCAGUUGACCAGGUAACCCAUAGCAACUUGGCGGUCGACCUGGUAACCCAUAGCAACAGGGCAGUCGACCAGGUAACCCAUAGCAACGUGGCGUUCAUCUUACGCUUCAUCUUUUGUGGUAUGUUUAGUCCCUGACCUGUGUUUUUCUGUCGUCUUCCAGGAUGAUCUGAAGCGUAGGUCCAUGUCCAUUGACGACACCCCGCGUGGCAGCUGGGCCUGUAGUAUCUUUGACCUGAAGAACUCUGUCCCCGACGCCGUCCUGCCCCACCUGCUUGACCGGGCCCCCAACGAGGAGAUAGACCGGCACAACGAGGAGCACCGCAAGUCCCACCGCCACCGCGAGCUCUUCGCCCUGCACCCCGCCCUCGAUGAGGUAUAUACACAGAGAGACCCACACCGUCCUCUAGAUAGUGCCUUUAGAAGUGUCCGGCCAGCUGUUGCUUUGGCAUAGUGCAUGUCUGUCUCAUUACAUUAAUGUGUCAUCAUCCAUGGUUAUGCUUUCACCAUAGUUACGUCUAAUAUGGAUUUCUAAAGCGAUGAAAUGUCAUGAAGCAGGUGCCACUGAUUUCACACUUUGAAUGUGAAAAUAAAUGUUUUCCUGAGAUACAGGGCUCCUGCACAGUACAUUCCAAUAACUGUUAUUAUGUUCAUGGUUUUCCUAUAACUAUUAUUUGUAUGUGCGUCCUCAGGAGGAACCAAUAGAGCGCCACUGUGUGCCUGACGUCCCUAAAGAACACUUUGGCCAGAGGCUACUCGUCAAGUGCUUGUCCUUGAAGUAAGUGGAGGACACACACAGCCUUUACAAAGCCUUUUAACUGUCUUUUUAACUGCCUUCUGCUGACCCAAUCCUUUUUCCCCUUGAAGAUUUGAGAUCGAAAUCGAGCCCAUAUUCGCCUGUUUGGCCUUAUAUGAUGUAAAGGAAAAGAGAAAGGUAAGCUGUUGUUUUCCUCAAUGCCACUUGGCCCUGAGUUGUUGGGUCAGUCUCUGAAAAACCAUUAAAAGUCCAUGUGAACUAAAUGACUGGGCUAUAAAAGUGUAUGUAUUGGACCUGUUCUCCUUGUGUGAAUACUCUAUAAAUCAUACCAUAUAUCUAUAUGAGUGACUCUCCACUCAAUCGUUUCUCAUUCCCAACAAACACUAGAGGGUAGCAGUAACCGUUGUUAAAAAAAGUCAAAAAUUUCUGCCCUCGAAUUGCCUACUCUUCCAUGUGAGUUCUCAGUCAAUUUACAGUAAAGAAACAAUAAAAAAAAAUUCUUUUUUUAAAGAUAUGGUAUUGGUAAUAGAUUGAGAAAUAAGUUGCACUAUCAGAACCAUACUUCAGGACCAGCAGACAGUAUGGUUGUUAAUAUUAGUCUGCUGUCUUUUACAGUAUUUUAGUAUAAUGCUCACGUGUCUGUCGCCAUCAGAUAUCGGAGAACUUCUUCUUUGACCUGAAUUCAGAGCAGACUAAAGGGAUGCUGCGCCCCCACAUCCAGGCAGCAGCAAUUUCUACUCUGGCACGCUCCGCCAUUUUCUCCAUCACGUACCCCUCCCAGGACGUCUUCCUCGUCAUACAGGUAAGUCAGUGUCAAUCAUCACAGGGUCUCAACUGUCAAUACACUUUACAAAUAAAUUGAGAUAAAAUCAAAAUGGAGAAAACAGUCACACACAUGACUUCCUCUCCCAUGGGAUCAGCAUCACCUCUGUCUGUCUGUGGGAUUAGUGACUGAUAACCUCUCUCCUGUCUUGGGGACAGUGACUGAUAACCUCUCUCCUGUCUUGGGGACAGUGACUGAUAACCUCUCUCCUGUCUUGGGGACAGUGACUGAUAACCACUCUCCUGUCUUGGGGACAGUGACUGAUAACUUCUCCUUUGUUGUUUGUCCCAAGCUGGAGAAGGUGUUGCAGCAGGGAGACAUAGGAGAGUGUGCAGAACCGUACAUGGUCUUCAAAGAGUCUGAUGCAGCCAAAGUAAGAUAAUUCGCAACCUGAUGGUCAAAUGAACAAUAGACUCACAUUAGUGGUAGAUGAUGUUGAUGAUGUUGAUGUGUAGAUCUCCAAACAGAUGGAGGUAGAUUUCUCUAUUGUAUUGAUUCUCUCUUUCUAUAUAUAGAACAAAGAGAAGUUGGACAAGUUGCGGAGCCAGUCAGAGCAGUUCUGCACGCGUCUGGGUCGGUACCGGAUGCCCUUCGCCUGGACAGCCAUCCACCUGAUGAACAUCGUGAACAGCGCCGGCAGUCUGGAGAGAGACACUGAGCUGGAGAUGGGACUGCCAGGUGAGAACAAUAAAGUUGGACUGAGUGGUAUUGAAUUGAACUACACAGAGGCAGGCCAAUGCUGGGACUACUGUCUACUCAGUUCAACUUUUGAUCAACUGUUGACCCCCCCCCAGAGAGGAAAGGUUCGUGGUCUGAGAGGAGGAACUCGAGCAUCGGUGGACGGCGCUCAUUAGAGAGAACCACCAGUGGAGAUGAAUCAUGUAGCCUGACCAGCUUCAGACCUGCUACCCUCACCGUCACCAAUUUCUUCAAACAGGUCAAUACUGACACUUCACGUCUACACACACACACCCCACAUUUUCUUCCCGACUGAGCCACACUGUCAUGACACACCUCCAUACACACACCACACUCUGCUACUCGCCUCACAAACUGAACUGACUUUUGUUUUAGUGUGUUAAUUUGUGUUUGUUUGACAGGAGGGAGACCGACUGAGUGACGAGGACCUGUAUAAAUUCCUGGCUGACAUGAGGAGGCCGUCUUCAGUGCUGAGGAGACUGAGGCCCAUCACAGGUACACUAACACCACCAUCAGUAUUUCAGCAAAGAUAUUCUGAUUUAUAUUGUCAUAUACAUUUAUUAUUAUAAGGGAAUUAUAAAUGGAGUUUAAGGGACUUUGUAGUCCCUCCAGACAGACUUAAAUCUGAGCUAGCAGCUAGCGAAAGACUUGACUCUGGCAUGAGACACUGGUUUUAGUUGAGGUCUGUGUGUUGAUGAUGUCGUGUCUAUGCUGUCUUGUUCCUCCAGCCCAGCUGAAGAUCGACAUAUCCCCGGCCCCAGAGAACCCCCACUACUGCUUGACCCCUGACCUCCAGCAGGUCAAGCCCUACCCAGACAGCAGGGUUCGCCCCACCAGAGAGAUACUGGAGUUCCCCCCCAGGGAUGUCUACGUACCCAACACUACCUACAGGUAA